AUGGAGAUCGAGGAAGAAACCUUUAGCCAAGAGACAUUUGCUACGGUUAUGCAGUCUCUAGUUGUUAAGAUCGAAGACAACAGACAAAACUUAGAGGUCCUGUUCACGGAUGAUGCCUGGCCACCGUUACCGGUCAUAAAAAGUGUCCCCAAUAUGCUCCGUGAAGAAAAUGGACAAGCUUACACCCCUAGCGUAGUAUCUAUUGGGCCUCUCCACAAUAGAAAUGAAUCUCUGAAAACAAUGGAAACCGACAAGCUGAGGUACAUGUGUUUCUUGUUUGAACGAACAAAAAAUUUGGAGCAAACAAGAAAAGAUUGUGUGGAAGCAAUGUCAAGGAAGGAAAAAACUUUCAAGAAAUGCUAUCCAGAUUGCAAGCAGGAGGUUGACGAUGUCACCAGUAGUAGUCGUCUUGUAGAAAUGAUGUUAAUUGAUGGCUGCUUCAUUAUCGAGCUUAUAUACAGGCAUUACAAGAUUGUAAAAAAAGACACUCUCGAAGACAAAAAAGACCCAAUUUUGCAGGAUGCUUUCAGGCACUCUACCGUACUACGUGACUUGCUAUUGCUUGGGAACCAGAUUCCCUUCUUUGCUCCUGAAGAAUUGUUCCACCUCACGGUGAAAUCUAUCAUGCCUGGUGCUAACCUUUUUGAAUUUGUCCUCUAA